CAGCAAAAUUGCAAAAAUGUUUGUCAUGUGUAUAAAAGCAGUUUUGUAGCUUAAGCCUCUAGAAUCUCCACCGAGGUAUCAGUACCUGUGGUGCUUUCAUUAUUCAAGCAUCAUGGAGCUAAAGAGUGCAGAUCAGUGGAAGGAGCUUCUUGCAAGUGUGGACAACUUUGUUUUCGACUGUGAUGGAGUGUUGUGGUUAGGAACAGGAGAAGCUAUUCCUGGAGCACAAGAGGUCAUCAAACUUCUCAGAAAGAAGGGUAAGUCUAUCUACUUUGUUAGUAACAACAGUGGCAAAUCAAGAAAACAGUAUUUAGUGAAUUUUGAUCGUCUUGGAUUUGAGGCUUACGAGAAUGAGAUCUAUAGUGUUGGCUAUGCAACUGCCCAUUACUUGAAGCAUGUGCUUAACUUUAAGAAGAAAGUCUACCUGAUGGGACUGUCUGGUCUUGCCCAAGAAUUGGACCUGCAGGGCAUACCUCACAUUGGUGUUGGUCCUGAUCCAAUGGUGGGUGGACCUGCUGAAUUGGCCAAGAUAACUCUGGACCCUGAGGUGGGAGCUGUGGUGGUUGGAUUUGAUAAAGAAUUCAACUGGAUGAAGUUGAUUAAGGCGUGCAGUUAUCUCCACAAGCCAGACUGUUUGUUCAUAGCAACCAACGAGGAUGCCAACCUUCCCAUCAAAUCUGACACCAUUGUUUCUCCAGGCACUGGCUGUAUAGUGAAAAGCGUUAAGGUCGGCUCUGGCAGGGAACCGAUAGUUGUGGGAAAACCGCACUCACCCAUAUUUGAAGUCUUGCAAAAGAGCGUCAAUUUAGAUCCGUCAAGAACAGUGAUGAUUGGAGACAGGCUGAACACUGACAUGGAGCUUGGAAUCAGGAACGGAAUGAAGACAUUACUCGUUUUUUCUGGAAUCAGUCAGAGGAAAGAUCUAGAGGAUCAGAGUGAAACUAAACCAGACUUCUUUAGUGAAUCCGUAGCUGGUUUAUUAGCAUGCAAAGAGACUGUCAGUGAAUAGACUGUCACAAUUUCUAAGAAAUUCAAAACUAGCUACCCAGACUCUUUAGCAAACCCAUAGCUGAUAUAAUGUUAGCACACAAACUUGAGUAUAAUUAUAAGUUUUUAGUUACAUGUACACACUUGAUACAAAAAUUACACAUAAUUAAUUGAAACAA